AUGUGUUUUCACCUCCUGCCUCGCGGACUGCGGCCCUGGCACGUGCUCUACUCGGACUUUGUUACGCUUCUGGACGGAGGGAGGCAGCAGCAGCAGCCGGAGGCCACAGCUGCCGCUACAGCCGCAGCGGCGACGCUGUCGACUUCGGCGGCGUCGCCCGCCGCCGCGACGGCAGCAACAGGCGCCGCUUCCUCGGCAACUGCUGUACGGCAGCGGUUUCAGAAGCAGUUUUACAUUAAGCUGGCAGACAAGCAGGAUGUGUUGUUGAUGGGGAAGCUGCUGCAGGCGGGUGUGGAGUUCUCCGUGCUCCGCGCCUCCUUCACGGCCGCCGCCGCCAAUGCCUUCCUCACCGCCCUGGCCCUCUGGCUGCCCCUGCUGCCGGUGCUGUGGCUGCUGCGCCGCCUGAUAGACCAGCGCCAGGGGACUGGUCGUGCCAAGAAGUCAUCUUCCGCGGGUAAUACCCCCAGUACGACAUUUGCGGACGUGGCGGGGGUUGAUGCGGCCAAGGAGGAGCUGUUGGAGGUGGUUGGUGUGAUGCGGCAAACCAAGAGCACCUUUUCCAAGCUCAAAGGGCUCCCAGCCCAGGUUCGUAUGCCGUCCGGAGUGCUCCUGUGCGGGCCCCCGGGCACGGGGAAGACACUUUUAGCCAAGGCAGUAGCAGGCGAGGCGGGGGUUCCGUUUUUUGCGGUAUCCGCUUCCGAGUUUGUGGAGCUGUUUGUGGGGCGAGGAGCUGCGCGCAUUCGGGAGCUGUUUGCGGAGGCGCGGAAGGCGGCGCCCUGCGUGGUGUUCAUUGACGAGUUGGACGGGGUGGGCAGCAGGCGAGGUAUGGGAUACAACGAUGAGCGGGAUCAGACUCUCAACCAGCUGCUCACGGAGCUGGACGGAUUUGAUGGAAGGCCAGGGGUGCUGUUCCUGGCCGCCACCAACCGCAUCGACGUCCUGGACCCCGCGCUGCUCCGCCCGGGCCGCAUCUCCCGCAAAGUCGUGGUGCCCCUCCCGGACGUCACGGGGCGGGCGCAGAUCCUGGCAGUGCACCUGAGGGGAGUACCGCUGGAGCCGGGGCUCGAACCGGCGACCGCGUGCGCCGCAGUGGCCGCCGUCACGGAGGGCUUCUCGGGUGCUGAGCUGGCCAAUGUGGUGAAUGAGGCCUCGCUGCUGGCGGCACGUGACUCCAGGGAGGCGGUGGGGCUCAGAGACCUGCAGGCGGGGGCGCAGAGGACCCGGUAUGGAGUCAACGGCAGGAACGGCGGUGGUGCUCUGGGUGGUGGCGGUCUGGCUCAGCGGCUUCAGAGCUGGGUUAUGAACUCCGUGGUGGCGGCCGCCUCCUCGGCCGCUGCUGCGGGUCCCACUGCUGGAGGGGUUGGAAUGUUUGACCGCGGUUCACCGUUGUAA